CUCAACUGAACCUCAAAGACUAACCCACACUAUAUAUAACUAGUAAGGCACGGCCCAUACAAUAUACGUAUUCCACACAAACAAUAACCAUGACAUCUUUCACUUCCGCUAAACUAUGCUUCCUCCCUUAUUGCCUUGUCAUCUUCUUGUUUGUUUCAUCACCAAAUUGGGUUGCUUUUCCUUCUGCUACUUCUACUUCUCAUACUGAGGCAGAGGCUCUUCUCAAAUGGAAAGCCAGCUUCUUUCCAAAUCAAGCCCUCAAUAACCUCACCUGGUACGACCUUCCCACUCAUAAUAUUAAUGCCACCAAUUCUUCCAGCACCAAUCCAAAACCAAGAACAAGCCCAUGCACUUGGACUGGUGUUUCAUGCAACUCAGCUAGAAGUGUCAACAAGAUAGAGCUUGUCAAUAGGGGUUUACAAGGUACGCUACAUGAGUUUUCAUUCUUGUCCUUCCCUAAUCUUGAAUAUCUUAACCUCACCUCCAACAAACUCUUUGAUGCCAUCCCACCUCAAAUCAGUAACCUCUCCAAACUCCACCAUCUUGAUCUCUCCCAGAAUCAGUUCUCUGGGAGAAUCCCACCUGAAAUUUGUCUCCUGAGAAAUCUUAAGUUUCUUCAUCUCUCUUGGAAUAACUUGUUGGGGGAAAUUCCUAAAGAGAUAGGGAACUUGAAAUCUCUUGUAAAUUUAGAGUUGUCCCACAACAAUUUAAGUGGUGCCAUCCCUCCAAAUAUUGGUAACUUAAUAAACCUAAACACUUUGUACUUGCAUAACAAUCAACUUUCUGGUUUGAUUCCCAAGGAGAUAGGGAACUUGAAAUCUCUUGUAAAUCUAGACUUGGGCAAUAAUCAACUCAAUGGUUCAAUUCCAGCCUCAUUUUCUAACUUGAGCAACUUGGAGAUCUUAUUCCUACGUGAUAACCAACUUUCCGGCUCCAUUCCCCAAGAGUUAGAGAAUCUCAAGAAUUUGAUUCUCCUGAAGUUGGAUACAAACCAAUUGUCUGGUUAUUUGCCUCGAAAUAUCUGCCAAGGUGGAAAACUCACAAACUUGUCAGUACACACAAACUAUUUUACUGGUCCAAUCCCCAAAAGCUUGAAAAAUUGCAAGGGCUUAUUCAGAGUUCGUCUUGAGCAAAACCUAUUGACAAGCAAUAUAUCUGAAGACUUCGGUGUUUAUCCGAAUCUUGAUUUUAUGGAUAUGAGCCACAACAACUUGUAUGGAGAAAUCUCUCACAAUUGGGGACAAUGCCCAAAUUUGAAAACCCUGCGAAUGGCAAGAAACAACCUUAUUGGUAGCAUCCCACCUGAGAUAGGCAACGCAACCAAAAUUCAUGUGCUGGACCUUUCUUCAAAUCAUUUAGUUGGGUUGAUCCCAAGAGAAUUCAGGAAGUUGUCUUCUUUGGAGAGAUUGAUGUUGAAUGGAAAUCAACUUUCAGGUCGUAUACCCUCUGAAUUCGGAUCAUUGACUGAUCUUGAUUAUCUUGACUUGUCAACAAAUAAAUUCAGUGACUCAAUUCCCAGCAUUCUAGGUGACUUGCUCAAAUUAUACCAUCUGAAUUUGAGCAACAACAAGUUAUCUCAAGCAAUUCCACUUCAGUUGGGGAAGUUAGUUCAAUUGAACGAGCUGGAUUUAAGCCAUAACUCUCUUGAAGGUAGCAUACCAUCAGCAAUGAGUAAUGUGAAGAGUUUGUUGACGCUCAAUCUUUCCUACAACAAUCUUUCGGGUUCCAUACCAUCAAGUUUCGAAGAGAUGCACGGCUUGUCGUACGUUGACAUAUCCUACAAUCACUUGGAAGGUCCCCUUCCCAACAUCAAGGCAUUUCAGGAAGCUCCGCCAGAAAGAUUGGAAGGGAACAAAGGAUUGUGUGGCAAAGUUGGAGCUCUGCUACCACCCUACAAUGCACAUGGCUCAAAAAAGGACCACAAGGUCAUAUCUGUUCUAGCAGUAUUUGUACUUCUAUCUGCUCUCUUUAUAAUUGUCUUUCUAAUAAUGCAAAGAAAGAAGAAGCAUCAAGAUACUAAACAAAACCACAUGCAUGGAGAAAUUUCCUUUUCAGUUUUAAAUUUUGAUGGAAAAUCAAUGUAUGAGGAAAUCAUAAGGGCAACAAAAGAUUUUGAUUCCAUAUACUGCAUUGGGAAUGGAGGACAUGGAAGCGUCUACAGGGUGAAUUUUUCAUCUGGAGAUGUAGUGGCCGUGAAGAAACUCCAUAUGCUAUGGGAUGGCGAGACAAAAUUUCAGAAGGAGUUCUUGAAUGAAGUAAGGGCACUCAGUGAGAUAAGACAUCGAAAUAUUGUGAAGCUCUAUGGUUUCUGCGAACAUAAACGACACUCGUUUUUGGUGUAUGAGUAUCUUGAAAGAGGUAGCUUGGCCGUAAUGUUGAGCAAAAAUGAAGAAGCUAAAGAGUUGGGGUGGAGUAAAAGAGUGAAUAUUGUUAAAGGCUUAGCUCAUGCCUUGUCUUACAUGCACCACGAUUGCCUGCCACCGAUUGUACAUCGUGACAUCUCAAGCAAGAACAUUUUGUUGGAUUCUGAAUAUGAGGCAUGUGUUUCAGACUUUGGCACAGCUAAGUUUUUAAGAGCAACUCCACCCAUUUGCCCUUAGCCAUGG